AUGGUGGAAACUAGGGCACAGGCAAAGCUCAAUAACAAAACAGUCGAAAUGACUUCCGAGGCUCCUGAGUCCACCUCACCAAUCACUAUCACCGAGACCGAACACGCGGUCGGAAUCUCGGCCAGCGUUCCAAUAACGACGGAUCGUGCGGCCGAGUCCAUAGAAGAGCAAGUAGUAGUGGAGGGUCUGAUGGCUAGGCAGGCCUACAGGAUAGAGACAUCCUUUAUGGAGAGGAUGCCGGUAACGUUGUCUGCGACGCGUCCCAGAGCCGGACAGAGAAGCCAAGAGAGCGAGAGGUUUGAGCCCUACGGCGAAAGCAGCAGCCUCGGCGCCUCUGGCUGCACCUAA